CGGCUCCCCUCGACAGUCACGUGAUCCUCAUAUUUGUCUCUUUAGUUAGCGGUUGUGCUAAAAGAGUUCCUAUUUAAACUCUUAUUUACGCAAUUUUUAAAACCAAAAUCAUGGAAAUUGGGACUGAAAUUAGUAAGAAAAUUCGAGCUGCCAUCAAAAGCAAACUUCAGGAGCUCGGUGCUUACAUUGACGAUGAGCUCCCUGACUACAUCAUGGUGAUGGUGGCAAACAAGAAAACCUCCCAGCAGAUGACUGAUGAUCUAUCUCUGUUCCUGGGAAACAACACGAUUAAGUUUACAACAUGGCUACAUGGUGUCCUGGAGAAAUUAAGAUCUGUUGCUGGGGAGCCUGCAUCCCUUAGGCAGCUGGAGUCCGACACAGUUACUGUGACCGGAAAGACUUCCUCAUUUUUAGUUGAAAACGACAGAGCAGAAGAGCUGAAGGUGCUGACAGUGUCCAGCUCACGCUCUGAACGGACUGAAGCCCCUGUGUCCAGUUCUGCUCAUGAAAGCAGGAAAGCGGUCUUUGGAAAGCUCACCUCAUCUAUUAAGCCUCUCAUGGAUCCCCUCCCCUCAGAGGCUGUUAUCGACAUUAAACCAGAGAUGGACGACGACCUCAUUGCUGAGGAGCCUGUAGAAACGGGCAUCAACAGUCGUGCACAUCGCAGAGCCGUUAGACCCACAGCUGAAAUCUACAGACCUGGUCAGAGCAAGUUUACGUCAGCGGACAUGCGUCGACCCUCAGAAGGACCUUCUAGUGUAAGGCAGCAGGACGGCAGAAGCAGCAGGACCACCAGACCGGCAAAUAGCAAGCAGGACGAGAUGUCACGGAAGCGAAAGGCAGCACCGAUGGCGAGUUCUGUCGUUCGAGUGAACCGAGCCGCCGACGAGGACAGCGACGAUGCAGAAGAAGAAGAAGAAGAGGAGGAGACGAGUUACAGCGGCAGAGGCCCGUCCAGUCGAGUGUCGCUCCCGUCCAAACCAGAGCGAAA